CAUAAAUAUACCUAGGUAUUUCCUUGCUACGGAACUAUCAACAUUGUCGCCCAUACCUCUUCUGACCACAGUCAAAAUCGACGCCGCCUCCCCGGGGCGACCAUGAAUGCGGAAUGGAGCGACCGACCAAGCGCCCGCGAUUUGGUCCGGGUCCCUUCCAGGAGGACGACCCGGAAGCUGACGAGCUGAACGAGCGACCCGAAGAAGUGAAUGCGCGCCGCGACCCGGCCGUGCAGCUCGAGCGGUCGCGCGCCUUCGCCGCUCUCAAGCUGAAGUCGGCCUUUGAGCGCAUUUUCGAGAAAUACGAAAGGGACUUCACCGGCGUCGGCGACGAGAUCGACCUGAGAACGGGCGAGAUCGUCGUGAACAACGGGCAUAUCCAGUCGCUUAAGGAUGCGCAACUGGGUGGUGGCAGCGACGAGGAGGGCGGCGGUGCUGGAGAUAGCGGAGAUGAGGUGUCCGAGGCUGGGUCGUUGAAUGGGGAGGAGAGGAUAGUGAGGGACGAGCCGGACAACAGGCUGGGCGGCUUGGGCCAGAACGCGCUGCCCUCGAUCCCUCCUCAGCUCGGAUUGUCUCCCAUGUUUCGAGGAGGAUGGCCGGGACCGGCUCCGCUGAUGGGACCCUCGCCCUUAUUGCCCACGAUGAUGUAUCCCAGUCAGGUGCAGUUUGGGCAGGUCCCGAUGCAGUACGGCGCGCCAAUACCCCCGCCAACGACAGACCCGACUUGGAGCGUCCCUGAGUUGCCCUUGCAAUUUUCUGGGAAUCGCCUGCUCUCUGGAGAAUCUGUGGUUUCGGUGAAGAAGAAGGCGGCACGGCUGUCUCUGAGCGCUGCUCACGCGCAGGGUGGCGACGACGACGACAUCCUCUUGGAUGGUUCCGCCACCGGCCAGGAGCAGGAGAAGGAGAAAGGGAGGACUGAAAUCUUCGUCAAAAAGCAGAAGGUUCUCCAGCCGCGUCCUCCGCCUAAGACGAUCACACCGAGGCGGCGGAGGAGGCCACGUAAAGGGAGUCAAAGUGCCGCAAAGUUCGCCAAAAUCCGGAAAGCUGGCAACUCCCCCGCUGGAAAGGAGAAGGCCUUGGAAAACAGGUCUACGGAUAAACCAGGCCGUGGCCGUCUAGGAGGCGACUCCACCAAACCAAAUCCGGGUACAAAGUCUCAGGAGGAGGGCAUUGUGACUUCUACGGAGCCAGCGCGGAUUGACGUUCCUGGGUCCGCCGGACCCAAAUCUGGUCACGAGCCUCGGCAGUCCAGCGUGCGGGACGCUGAUUCUGAGUCCCUCCACGAAGAGGAUGCAGAUGUCUUCAUCAAUUUCUCCGACCGCGAAGGGACACUCACACGACGACCGCAAAAUCAGACCCUACGAGUCGAAAUCGUAGCAAAGAAGCUGUCUGAAGCGUGUUUGUUUAGGGUUCUCACCCCUGAACCGAGCGAGGCGGGUUCUCCCAACCCCCUCCAGAAAGUUUCGAAGCGAGGCGGAGCUCGACCCGGCGCCGGUCGCAAGCCAAAACCGAAGUCUGCCGGGGACAAAGCCCGCCUCAACGAAGCCCCUACGGUGUCUGAAGUCCGGGAUGCUAGCCUGCCUGUUCCGGUUGGAAAGAGCGGUCCAGAUGGAAGGGAUAGGGCUCAAGCAGCCGCAGUCGAAGUCUUCUCGAGGAACACUGUCGAUCCGGCAUACGUCUUUUCAGAUGAAGACGAGCCGACAGUACCGAGAGGCAAAUCGCUGCGUCGCAAACAGAGCUCAACUCCCAGAAUUGCCGACACGAGCGAUGGUGUCCUACGCGAGAUCUCUCACAAUGUGGACCCAAGAGUGGUGAGCCAGGAACAACAGUUGACAGCAGAGAACCUAUCAGAUAAAACGGACGGCCCCUCUGCGGUCCGGGCUCUGAUGUCCCCAACAUUAAGCCUCCAUCUAGAAGAUACGGUCGAUCACGGAGCGAGUCGCGGUGCGUCAGAACAGCCGGGCGACGGCGAUAUACCGCGCGCAGUAACGGAAACCCUGGAAGAAGCGUACAGGGAGAAGACUCCUACACCCCACGAAAGAGUCGAACGGCGGCCGAGAGAGCGGAAUUCGAUAAGUGAGGCCGAAGAUGCCUACAGUAUCCGGUCGAGCUCAACCGCAAGUGCGCAGAGAAGGACGUGUACCGAGACAGCCAAGGCACUUCCGUCCAAGGCGAGGCAGCAGAAGCGCUUGGACAAGCCUCAACCGCGGGAUACGCCGACUAAAACGCUCGACGAGGUAGAGGUUCAGGGGAGCGAAAUCCGGGAUGCAUCGCCAACCACGCAGGAGAGAGCAAAGACUUCGCCUACCGCUCAGCCAGCAGCCGAGUCAGCUCGGACGACGGGCCCAUCAACCUCGGAUGCCGAUUUCCUCCCGUCAGAAGAACGGCGCCAAGAAGGAGAUGAAGCACAUGACCCCAUCCCUUCCCCUACACUAACCAGCCCAACAUCCAAACCUGCGACGAGAUCAACCAUCCCCGAGCUACCCUUACCGGCCCUUCGCACACCAGUGAAGACGCCCCAGCGCCAUCGACCCAAAUCCCACAAAGCAACGAAAUCGGCAACCGCAACGGCGCCGACAACAGCAACAGCAACCAAGAAGAAAGGCGUUCUUUCUCUCCUCCCGCCCGACGACGACGAGGAAGACGAGCUCUCCAUCCUGACUCCGAUCAAGCCGAGCUCCGGCGCCGCCAGCAUCAUCCGUUCCACGCCAGCGAAACACCACGUCCGGUCGGGUUUGUUGCCGGUCUGGCCGUCUGUAUCAUCGGCGUCGAAGCUCAAGAAGGCUGUUGUUGUAGGCUCAGCAAACAGAAAAGCCGCUGCUACCUUCGGUGCCACUACUACUAGUAGAAUCCACACCCCGAGUGGAAGGAGAAGGAAGUCUGUACUGGCUGUCAGUGGCGGUAGGGAAGACGCACCGGGGACGCCGUCCUCAAGGCUCGGGUCCGAGCUGGUUGAAACUCCUGGUGGCACGAUGCGCAGAUGUGGGGAGGGCGGGUUCAGGUGUGGGAGGGACUUUUGCUUCAGCUGCUGCUUGUAAUACAGACUGUGGCAAUUUCCUGGAUGGGAGGUAUUCCGUACAAUACCUGAACAGGGCCAUAG